AAGCGCGCGCGCGCACACACGGAGAGAGAGAGAGAGAGAGAGAGAGAGAGAGAGAGAGAGAAGCAGGGGUGGACUAAAGGAGAUGGAGCCCGCCAUGAAAUUGUAUAAGUAAGUUUGACAGAAUUUUAUAACGUAAACAUAUGUAGAGCCGGCUUUGUUGUGGUGUAGUUGUUUCUUUGUAGCUUAACAAGACAAGCAACCCCUUUCUGGGUUAAUCAUUAUCAUUAGCUGUAAAGAUAUAAUCAUUAGCUGCAAAUAGUUCAAUCUCAAUCCAUCGAUCGUAAUUGCUAUGAAAGUUUGUAAUUGGUGUAGAAGUUUGUAUUAGAACUUUCUUCUGUUAACUCUCUUCUGUUCUAAUCUUUCACCAAUUUUAGGGGUUCUGAUUAUUGAAGAAGUAGAAGAAGAAGGAGAGAGAGAGAGAGAGAGAGAGAGAGAGAGAGAGAGAGAGAGAGAGAGAGGCUGGAUUGAUUCAUUUGAAUUGAUUCCAGCAAACCCUCCGAAUUGGUUCGCAAAAUUUAGGGUUUUUGUUGGCGGGAGAGAGAGAACUUAUGACAGCUUUCAGCUGUGAAGUUAAAGUUGUGUAUGCAGGAAGAUUUACAGAAUCUGGGUAAUAUGAUGUUUGGGUGGGUCUAAAGGGUGAAAUUUACUGAAAAAGGGGAGUUUUAGAGAGAAAAUUGGGGCUUGCUACUGUGAGAGGAGUUUUACGAUUUUUCCAUGGCUGUGGUGAGUCGUCUACCAUUGAUACCACAAGAAAUCAAUCCAAUAAGAUACCCCGGAACCGAAAUCUCCGAAAUGAUGGCUAGUGGGAGUGAAAUCGUGGAGGAAUCACCACCGCAACCGGUUCAAGUUGUCGAAGAGAAGAUGUAUAUCGCGGUGGGAAAGGACAUCAAAGAGAGCACAUCGAUUCUUAUUUGGGCAUUGCGUAACGCUGGUGGAAGAAAGAUAUGCAUCCUUCAUGUUCAUGAGCCUGCUCAGAGGAUUCCCAUGAUGGGAACCAAAUUUCCAGUAAGCCAACUGGAACCGCAUCACGUCAGGGCAUACCGCGAGGUUGAGAGGGAAGAUAUGAAUAAGCUUCUGCGAGAAUACAAAACAAAGUGUAGCCGCGCAGGGGUAGUAGACGAACUACACAUUGAAAUGAACUCUAUUGAGAAGGGUAUUGUGGAACUCAUAAAUCAGCAUGGUAUCAGGAAGCUUGUUAUGGGAGCAGCAGCAGACAAGCAUUACUCAAGGAAAAUGGUGGAGCCAAAAUCUAAGAAAGCCAGAUAUGUGCUCCAACAAGCACCUAUGUUUUGUCACAUUUGGUUUAUCUGUAAAGGCCAACUAGUUCACACAAGAGAAGGUAGAUCGGAAGGACUUAGCGCUAGUCCAAACUCUGAAACUGGGCAUCCUAGAAACUGGAGAUCACAAUCCGCUGCAGAACUGACAAUUGAUCCGCACAAGCUCACCAGUUCAUGUCCCAACAUGCGCAGAGUCUCAACUUUUUCCUCUGAUGACUCCAGAGGGGAAACUCCCCGCAGCAGUUUGGGUGCAGAGGAGAGUUCUGUUGAUUCGGAUGAUAUUUCAAGGAGUCCUUCUCGUACUUCACGUACAUCAUCUUCUUCUGUUGACAUGCCUGAUGGUUUAGCUUUGAUCCCAGUUUCGUGCAAAGAGGAUCAUCAUCAAUUGUCAUCACCUCCCUUUGUAUUGGAAGGACGUAUGAAUGACGAACUUUAUUAUCAGCUUGAACAAUCCAUAGCAGAGGCAGAGACUUCUAGGCGAGAGGCCUUUGACGAGUCAAUGAGGCGUCGUAAAGCUCAAAAAGAUGCCAUUGAUGCUAUCCGCAGAGCUAAAGCAUCGGAAAACUUAUAUGCCGAGGAACUAAGACAAAGGAAAGAAGUUGAGGAAGCACUAGCAAGGGGAAAAAUAGAACUUGAACAGAGGAAGCAGCAGGUGGCUGAAGUCAUGGAAGAACUCCGUAUUGCCCUCGAACACAAAUCAUCUAUGGAGAGCCAGAUUGCAAACUCGGAGCAAAUGGUAAAAGAUUUGGAACAGAAGAUGUUCUCUGCUGUGGAACUGUUGCAAAAGUAUAAAAAGGAACGAGAUGAAUUGCAAAAGGAGCGUGACAAUGCGCUUAAAGAAGCAGAGGAGCUGAGGAGAGAAAAAGCAGGCGCGACUGCAAAUAGACUUGCACCUGAGUUUUUCUCUGAGUUCUCUUUCUCCGAAAUCGUAGAAGCGACUUCCAAUUUUGACCUAUCCUUAAAGAUUGGGGAAGGGGGCUAUGGAAAUAUUUACAAGGGUCAACUUCGUCACACUCAAGUUGCUAUAAAGAUGCUGAACUCUAAUAGCAUGCAAGGCCCCUCAGAGUUUCAACAAGAGGUCACUGUUUUGAGCAAGUUGAGGCAUCCAAACCUUGUCACGCUCAUCGGAGCUUGCCCAGAAUUUUUCAUUCUCGUCUACGAGUAUCUUCCCAAUGGAAGCCUUGAAGAUCGACUCUGUUGCAAGGACAACUCUCCUCCACUCUCAUGGCAAACUCGAAUCCGCAUUGCAACAGAGCUUUGUUCUGUUCUCAUCUUCCUCCAUUCCUGCAGUCCCCACAGCAUAGUUCACGGUGACCUAAAACCAGCGAAUAUUCUCCUAGAUUCCAACUACGUGAGCAAACUCAGUGACUUCGGAAUAUGUCGUAUACUUUGCCAAAACCAAUUCUCGAGCAACAACACCACACCUUCUUGGAUAACUGAAACUCCAAAGGGCACUUUUUCGUACAUGGAUCCUGAGUUCCUCACAACAGGAGAAAUUAGUCCAAAAUCGGAUGUUUUCUCAUUCGGGAUCAUAUUAUUGCGGUUAUUGACUGGAAGACCAGCCUUGGGGAUAACCAAGGAAGUAAAGUAUGCGUUGGAUAAAGGGAACUUAAAGAACUUGUUGGAUCCAACGGCUGGGGACUGGCCUUUUGUGCAAGCCCAGCAGUUGGCUCACACAGCAAUGUGGUGCUGUGAGGUGAACCGUCAGAGCCGGCCAGAUCUUGCCUCGGAUGUGUGGAGGGUGCUUGAACGAAUGAGAGUGUCGUGUGGGGUCCCACCAUUUCUGAUGAACUCCGAGGAGGAUUGCCAGAUUCCACCGUAUUUUAUAUGUCCUAUUUUCCAGGAAAUCAUGCAAGAUCCACACGUAGCGGCUGAUGGAUAUACGUAUGAAUUGGAGGCUUUAAAAGGAUGGCUGGACGGGGGACACAAUACUUCACCCAUGACAAAUCUCAAGCUUCCACACUGCAAUCUUGUGCCCAAUCGCGCUCUCCGGUCUGCAAUUCAGGAGUGGCUGCAACAACGAUGAAUGAACUAAUUCUACCUGGUUUCACAUUUUUUGUUCUCACAAGUUGCAUAUAGUCUCUUUUUUUUUUUUGACAUCCUGCAUUAUAUUCUCAUGUACAUUACGCAUUUUCCAUAGAUUUGAUAUCAAAUCAUAGCAUUCAGUGUUUCCCAGAGGCUGGUCUUGUAACCUCUGAUGACAGUACUGUUGACUAUGUUGGGUUCGGAAUCCAUGGAGUCAAGUAAUUUAAGCUGGGUUGUCUUCGUUUCA